AUGUCAAAGCAUUCAAUUAACAUACCUGGUGCUAUUCUCGAUGAGCUGAAGUCUGUGGACUACAGUGAUGAUAGUAGAUUUAAAACCACGAACACAACAAAAAAGAAGGGAGGAUCUAAGAGCAGAAAGGAAAGAAGGAAGCUUCAAAGAUUGGAGAAGAAGGCAAAACAUAGUGGCAAGCAGGAUGCUCCUUUCAAGAAGUUUCAGAAACCUGUGAACAAAAGUAUUGCUAGAGAUGAGGUUAUAAAGCCUACUGGUAAGGAAAAUGGAAAAAGAAGUGGCACCCUACCUCCUUCGUCGGAUGAUGAGCUGUCUUCGGAUGAUUUUGAAGGGUUUGAUGACGAUGAUCUCAAUGAAGAAGAAUGGGAGCAGCUUCGGGAGUUGGAAACUGAGGACGACGGUAGCUCAUCUGAGGCAAACGACAUCUCAUCUGAAGAAAACCAGAGCUCUAGCGAGGAGGAGAUGACGGUAGAGAAGACUAUGGCUAAGCUAAAGGCAUUGAAGGAGAAGAAAAAGGCUGCUCAAGCAAGCAAAUCUGCUGUCAAAAAAAGCCAAAAAGUUGUUUCCGAUGACGCCAACGAGGAAGAGUUCCACGGGUUUGAUGACAGUGGUAGCGAGAAGAAAACGAAAGAGUCCCGCAAAAGGAAAGCGGAUUCUGAGGCCUCAUAUCUUCUGACUCCUUCUGAGCGAGCUGCGAUGGAGCGUGAUGAGAAGGAUAUGAAACAUUACGCAAAAGUCUUGGGAUUAAAGGGUAAGAAGAAGAAACUACGUGCAACCGAUGAGUACGAUGCUAUUGGAGGCCUGCUCGAAGGUUUGGAGUUUUUUGAAAACUACGGAAGUGAUAAUAGUGCUGUAGAAGUGGACAGCGAUGUUGACGACGGUAGUCCUAGCGAAUCUGAUGCCGGAAGUGGCGACAGUGAGUCCGAUAAGUCAGAAGACAUAGGAUCAUCUGAUGAAGAAGAGAAUGUAGAGAAUCCGUUUUCUUCUGAUGACGAAUUAUCUUCUGACGAUUUUGAUGAGUUUGGUUCCGAAGAUCUGGACGAUGAAGAACUAGAACAACUUCGUGAACUGGAAGGCGAAAAGGAACCCAAGAAAAGAGUAAAAGAGAAUCCUUACGUUGCGCCAUCAAGCUCUCAAGCAUAUGUCCCUCCUCUGCUCAGGAAUAAACGUUCUGAGGGAGAAGAUGCUGCGGUAGUUGAGCUGCAGAAAAAGAUACGUUCUUCACUAAACAAGUUAACUGAGUCUAAUAUUCCUGUGAUAGUCUCAUCCAUUAAUGAGCUUUUUGAUUCUAAUGCUAGGAAAACUGUAGCAGAAAUUGUUAACUCUCAAAUUAUUGAGCUAGUUUCCCAGAAAACCAGGUUAUUGGACAGUUUUGUGAUGAACUUUGCUAGUGUUGCAUAUUCCCUUUGGAAACUGAGAGGCCUGGAGAUAGGUGCUUCGUUUAUCCAAGUUCUAGUUCAGUCUUUUAUUGAACAGUAUAAUAACCAGAUGGAGCAUACGAAGACAAACAGUGAUGUUAAAGUCCAGUUAAUUCCUAAACAGUGCAGCAACCUUCUCACUCUACUUUCUUACGCUUACGAUUUUGGCAUGACUUCUUCUAGAAUUCUGUACGAUAUUAUAAAGCUACUUAUCCAGACCCCUAAUGAGUUCUCAAUGGAGUUGAUAUUACGCAUUGUGUCCGUAAGUGGCCCUUUAAUUCGUGGUGAUGAUCCGAUGGCUCUGAAGGAAAUUAUGGCAACUUUAUUACCAAUGGUAAAAGAUAUCGAGCAGACUCCAAGGAUGAAGUUUCUGUUAGAAACCAUGUAUGAUUUGAAGAAUAAUAAGUUGAAACCUUCUAUUUUGGCACCAAGCCAUCAUAAUUUGAAGAAAAGUUUAUCUAAUGCAUUGCGAAACUCUGCGCCAACUUCCAAUGAACCGCUGCAAGUUUCCUUAGAUGAUAUUAUUAAUGUGGAGACCAAAGGUAAGUGGUGGCUUGUCGGUGCUUCCUGGAAAGGUAAUAUGGAGAAUGCAUUUGACGAGGCGAAGCCCAAGACAAAUGACAGUAAGAAACCUUCCGAAGUGAGAAUAGUAGAUGGCUUUUUAGAUGAAAUUCCAGACUGGGAUGAAAUUGCUAGAAAACUGCGGAUGAAUACUGACACACGGCGGGCGAUUUUUAUAAGCAUUGUAUCCGCUCAAGAUUACAUGGAGGCAUUUACCAAACUUGAGAAAUUAAAUCUCAAGAAUAAGCAAACUCAAGAAAUUCCCAAGGUUUUACUGCAUUGUUUGGCAAAUGAUGGUGUCAAUAAUGGUUACAAUCCAUAUUAUUCCGUUCUAGGUGCAAAGCUUUGUGAAAACAACCAUAAUAUUUUGAAAUCAUUCCAAUUUCUCUUCUGGGAUGUCAUUAAGAAGUUUGAGGCAGACGGCGACAGUGAUAACGAGGAUGAAUUGUUCGAUGAUGCCCGUGAUCAAUCUAUCGACGCAAGGCUAAAAAAGAUUGCAGUUGUUGCUUCGUUUUUUGGUUACUUGCUAGGAAUGGGUAAAUUAAAACUUGAUGUCUUCAAGCAUGUUUCAUUGUUGGGAGGUUUAAAUUCUGAUGGUCUGCUAUUUGUUGAGCAAUUGUUCUGUCAGAUGUUCUUAACUGUAGCAAGACAAUCUGAGCAAGUAACUAAGGUUUCAGGCAAGAAGCAAUUUAUUUACAAAGACGACUACAUGAAAGACCUUGUCUGUAAAGGCAUACAUUCUGAUAAUAAGGAGACUAUUUUAAAGUCUUUCAAGUGGUUCAUCAGUAAGAAAUUCAAGUACAGGGAUCAUAUAAUCAAGGGCGAUAAUAUCAAGGACUAUGAACGUAAAAUAAGAAGGCUGGAUUGGGCCGUUUCGCGCUUCAUACAAUUGACUGAUGAAGCCACAGAUUUAUAG